GACACCUUCUGGGUCUCCUCCUCUUUACAGUGAAGUGGGAAGAGACUCUACGCAGCCAGCUCAAGUUCCUGCGACCUUUGAGGAGGUGGCUGUGCAUUUCUCCAAGGACGAAUGGGCUCUGCUGGAUCCAGCCCAGAGGGCUCUGUACAGGGAAGUCAUGCUGGAGAAUUAUGGAGAGGUGGCCUCUUUGGAUGGGCCUCUGAUUCUUCAACCUCUUCUUAUCAGCUGGUUGGAAGGAGAGGGAGAGCAAUUUGACCCGGAGCGACUGACAGGUGAAGGGGAAACCUCCAUGAUGUGCUCAAGGCUCUCGCCUCUUUUUCGCUGGGUAGAAAGAGCUGUUCUGCCCUCAUCUCAGGGUUUGGUCUCCUUCGAGGAAGUGAGUGUCUCCUUCACCGCAGAAGAGUGGGCUCUGCUGGAUCCAGACCAAAGGGCGCUGUACAAAGAAGUCAUGUUGGAGAACUAUGGGAACGUGGCCUCUCUGGAAGGUCCUCUGAUGCCCAAAUCUGACCUUGUCUCCUGGCUGGAAGGAAAGGGAGAACUGCUGGCCUGGGAAGAGCCUGCAAAGAAGGAAGGAGAAUUUUUCCAGGAAAAAUUGACUGAGGAUGGACUUGGCUUUGAGAAUUUUAAGGAGCAAUCUGUGGCGUCGUUGGAAACAGCUAAGAAGGAAGCAGCAACAGAGGCCUUUGGGAUGCGAAGGGGACCUACAUAUCUUGAGGGAAAUGAAUCUUCUCCUUCUCUGCAUGAUGCUUUUCAUGAAAUCCUGAGCGUACAUCUACCUCACAUGGGAAAGAAGUGCCCAGUGUGUGGGAAGACUUUCCAAGAUGACUCAAGCUUGAAUAAACAUUGCAGAACCCACACAGGAGAGAAACCAUAUCAAUGCUUGGAGUGCGGAAAGAGCUUCAGUGGUAGCGGAAAACUUACUAGACAUAAAAGAAGCCACACAGGGGAAAAACCGUAUCAGUGCCCUGAAUGCGGAAAGAGCUUCAGUGAGAGAGGGACACUUAUUAGACACCAGAGAAUCCACACAGGAGAAAAACCUUACCAAUGCCUUGAGUGUGGAAAGAGCUUCAGCGACAGCAAAACACUGAAUAAUCACCAAAGAACUCACACUGGAGAGAAACCAUAUAAAUGCCUGGAGUGUGGAAAGAGCUUCAGCUACAGUAGCAUCCUGAAUACUCACCGAAGAACUCACACAGGGGAAAAGCCAUUUCAGUGCCUGGAGUGUGGAAAGAGCUUCAGUCGGAGCACCCACCUUUCUGCCCAUCAGAGAACUCACACAGGGGAGAAACCAUAUAAAUGCCUGGAGUGUGGAAAGAGCUUCAGUGUUAGCUCGAAUCUUAGUUGUCAUCAGAGAACCCACACGGGAGUGAAACCGUAUAAAUGUAUGGCGUGUGGAAAGAGCUUCAGUGCUAGCUCAAGCCUUACUUUACAUGAGAGAACUCACACAGGGGAGAAACCGUAUAAAUGCCCUGAGUGUGGAAAGAGCUUCAACCACAGCUCAAAUCUUACCUCACACCAGAGAACGCACACAGGGGAAAAGCCAUUUAGGUGCAUGGAGUGCGGAAAGAGCUUCAGCCAGAGCAUAAGUCUCACCGCCCAUCAAAGAGUCCACACUGGCGUGAAACCAUAUACUUGCCUGGAGUGCGGAAAGAGCUUCAGCGACAGCAAGACGCUCACUACUCAUCAAAGAAUCCACACACGGGAGAAGCCAUACAGAUGCGGUGAGUGUGGGAAGAACUUCAGCGUCAGCUCAAGCCUUACUUCACACCAGAGAACUCACACCGGGGAAAAGCCCUUCAAAUGUGCGGAGUGUGGGAAGGGCUUCAGUCAGAAAGCCCACCUUUGUGCCCAUCAGAGAAUUCACACAGGGGAGAAACCUUACCAGUGUCUGCAGUGUGGGAAAAGCUUCGGCCAGAGCACGAGCCUUAGCUCACAUCAGAGAAUUCACACAGGGAAGAAACUGUAUGAAUGUCUUACGUAUGGAAACAGCUUCAAGAAGAGCUCAGAUGUUCCUUUGUAUAGAGAAAGCCACACAGGACAACUUUGGAUAUAUGGCCCUUUGCUUCAAAACCAAGGUGAUGGUGUAUUGCCUGUAUUCUGUUCAUCUGGCAAGGAGACGGAUUUUGAUGACAAACUCCUAUCCCACCCUCCAGGAUUGGCGGACGAGUUGAUGGAAGAGUUCAGUUUUAUCAGUGUCAAGUUUUUGCCCCCCAACGCGACUCCCCUCAUCCAGCCCAUGGACCAGCAGGUCAUAUCAAAUUUUAAGAAGCUUUAUACCAAAGCGCUGUUCCAAAGGUGCUUUGAGGUGACCUCGGACAGAGAGCUAACCCUCGGAGAGUUUUGGAAGAAUCAUUUUAAUAUCCUCCAUUGCUUGCAUGUGAUAGACAAAGCAUGGAGGGAUGUGACUCAGAGAACACUGAAGGCAGCAUGGAAGAAAUUGUGGCCAGAAGCUGUCCCAGGAGAUGGAAGGGAGGCCGUUGAAGAGGAUGCUGCUAUUGUUGAGGAUAUUGUGUCUCUGGGGAAUUCCAUGGGCUUGGAAGUGAGUGGUGCUGAUGUGGAGGAGUUAGUGGAGGAGUACAGGACUGAGCUCACCACAGAAGAACUUCAAGACAUUCUGAUGGAGCAGCAAAAGGCAGCAACUGAGCAGGAGAAGGCGGUAACUGAGGAAAUACCGGUGGUAACUUCGUUGGAGGAGGAGGAGGAGAGCAGAGAAAGAAGUUGGAAGGGGGGGAAGGCGACGGCGAGCGCACAGGUCUGGCACGGCUUCCGGAAGGGUGAUGUUCCGGGCGGAGGUCUGAAGCGUCGGAGAAAAGGGCCGGGCCGAGGAGGUGAAGGCAGCACAAUGGCAUCGAAGGCACCACCAGGAUCCUUCCUCCUUUGGGGUGGAGCAGAAAGAACAGGCUUGCAGGCAUCUCAGUGUCUGGUGUCCUUUGAGGAGGUGGUUGUGUCUUUCACGAAAGGGGAGUGGGAUCUCCUGGAUCUGGGCCAAAGAGCUCUCUACAAGGAAGUCAUGCUGGAGAAUUACGAGGCUUUGAUCUCUUUGGUUCCCUUGAAAGGAUUUCCUAAACCAGACCUCAUCUCCCGGCUGGAAGGAGGAGAGGAGCCAUGUCUCUGGGACUCCAAGGAAGAGGAGAUGUCAGCAGCAGCAGGUGAAGGGGAAGAAUAUGAAAUUUAUAAGGAGCCAUUUCUGAUGUCUUUGGAAAGUGUCAAGCAGGAAGCAGGGAAAGAGGUGUUUGCAAAGCAAAGGAGACCUAAAAUGCUGGAUGGAAACAACUCCAGGGAUGAGUGGACUGAAUCCUCUGCUUCUCUAGGUGAGGAAGUCCUGAGCUUGCGCGUAUUUCACAAGGGAAAGAGAAGGAAAAGGUAUCCAUUGGGUGGGGAAACUUUGACAGAGGAAUCGGGCUUGAGUCACCAGCGCACUGCCCACCCCGAGGAGAAGCCGCACAAAUGCCUGGCGUGCGGAAAGAGCUUUAGCCACAACGUGAGGCUUAUCGCUCAUCAGAGAACCCACACAGGGGAGAAGCCAUUUCAGUGCACUGAAUGUGGAAAGAGCUACGCUGAAAGAGGGACACUCAUGCUACACCAAAGGAUCCACACGGGGGAGAAACCUUAUAAAUGCGAGGAGUGUGGAAGGAGCUUCAAUCACCGGUCCAAUUUUACUUCGCAUCGGAGAACUCACACAGGGGAGAAACCUUUCAAAUGCAUGGAGUGUGGCAAGAGCUUCGGCCAGAGCACAAGCCUUACCACCCACCAGAGAAUCCACACAGGGGAGAAACCAUUUAAGUGCACCGAGUGCAGGAAGAGCUUCAGCCGGAGGUCAAGGCUCACCUCUCACAAGAGGACUCACACCGGGGAGAAGCCGUUCCGAUGCCCGGAGUGUGGGCAGAGAUUCAGUCAGAAAGCCCAGCUUUAUUCCCACCAGAGAAUCCACACGGGCGAGAAGCCGUACCAGUGCCCUCAGUGCGGGAAAAACUUUGGUCACAGCACAAGCCUUAGUGCUCAUCAGAGAAUGCACACAGGGGAGAAGCCGUACGAAUGUCCACAGUGUGAGAAAAGCUUCACUUACAGGGGGAGCCUUAUUGCCCAUCAGAGAAGCCACUCCCCGGAGAAGCCGAAGGAGUGCCUGCAGCCUGGGAAGAGCCUGAAGGAGAGAUCAAGCGCUUCUUCACAUCAGAGAAGCCACACAGGAAAACUCUGGAUAUAUGGUCCCUUGCUUACAAACCCAGCUGGCGGUUCAGCGCUGGUUCCCUGUUCAUCUGGCAAGGAGACCGAUAUUAACGGGAAAUUCUUCGUUUUAUUUAAAUGAUGAGCAGUUGGACUCUUGGGCAAACGCUAUUCAGUCCCAUUGCUUUGCUUCCUUUUGCAUUUGCGAGCUACGAAAUUUGCCUCUUGCCGUCAUCCUGUGUCAUUGUCAAAUGUUUGGGGCAAGGCUGUGGCAAAGCUGUGGUUGUUGUCUUUUUCAUUUGUAUCCUGCUUUUAAGUAUAUUCUAGUAGGUCAUGUUGCAGAUUGAACCUCUCAGGUGGUGCUAAGGCCACCUUCAACCAUACAUUUUGAAGCACUUCAAACAGCCAUGGUUUCCCGCAAAGAAUUCUGGGAGCUGCAGUUUGUCAAGAAU